AUGGUUACUCUGCACCACAUCAGUCCUUCAGCUCUAAUUACUAUGGCCACCAAAGAACAGACUUACACAACGUCACAACACCCCACCGACAUGCUCGGGGAACCAGUGGUGUACUCAAUCCCGGAAGUUCCGGUUACCAUCCAGCGGAAGCCGUUUCUGCAACCGGAGGAUGACCAGAAGCUGGCACACACGGGGACUCCGCGGGCCAACAUCGCCGCAACUUUUGAACAUCCCAAUGGUACCACAGAGAAUGACUGGGCUAAAAAGCAUCGCCAUCAAACUGUAAAAACAAUCAAAAAGAUUAUACUUGAAACUUUAGUUCUAAAGCUUACGCUAUCGAUCACAGGUCCUACAGCAACACUGCGACUUCUUCGACACCGCACCCAGGACAAAGAUGGUGUGAUAUGGCCCACGGACACAUUCUGGGGCUUUCACAAAUUGGGAUUCGGAAUAUUCCUAUCCCUCGUCGCCGUUUUCAUUAUUCACAGCAACUUCUCGUACCCCACACUGUCUGGUUACAUACCAGACCCCUUUUUUCGUAUUUACAUUCAGAACAUCCACAAGGACAAACAUGGCAGUGAUAGCAACACGUACGAUACCGAAGGGAGAUUCAACCCUCAAAAGUUUGAAGACAUGUUUGUUAAGUACGCCGCUGGUAAAGAUUACAUGACCAUAUGGGAUGUGCUUGCUCUACUCAAGGGCCAGAGGCUUAUUGCCGAUCCCAUUGGUUGGGGUGGAGCUUUCUUUGAGUGGCUGGCCACAUAUCUGAUGCUUUGGCCUCAUGACGGACGAAUGGCGAAGGAAGACAUUCGCGGAAUUUACGACGGCAGCAUAUUCUACAAGAUUGCUGCUCGUAGAGCAAAGAAAUGA